AGCCACCGAGGAGCCGCGAGGGUGGGGAGCCGCGCAGUGACAGCAGCCGCCUAGGUAGGGGCCGAGGAGAAGGGGAGGCGAGCGUGGGCUGUGGACCGGGACCUCGGAGGAGCUGGGACACCGGCCCCUGCAGAGAUGAAGGGAGAAGCUGGAAGAAUGCAACACAGUGACAAGCCAAAACAGGAGGGACACCUCUGGGGCUCCAUGAGGAGAACAGCUUUCAUCUUGGGCUCUGGCCUUCUCUUGCUCGUGGCCUUCUGGAACUCAGUCACAUGGCAUCUUCAGAGAUUCUGGGGCGCUUCUGGCUAUUUUUGGCAAGCCCAGUGGGAGAGGCUGCUGUCGACAUUCGAAGGGAAGGAGUGGGCCCUCUACAUUAUAGGUGCUGCCCAAGUACCAGUUCUGCUCUUCUGGGCCUUCAACGGGCUUCUGCUGGUGGUUGACACAACCGGAAAACCUAACUUCAUCUCCCGCUACCGAAUUCAGGUUGGCAAGAAUGAACCAGUGGACGCCGAGAAACUACGCCAGUCUGUCCGCACAGUUCUCUUCAACCAGUGCGUGAUCUCUCUGCCCAUGCUGGUCUUCCUCUAUCCCAUCCUCAAGCUGUGGGGAGACCCCUGCCGCCGAGAGCUACCCACCUUCCACUGGUUCCUCCUGGAGCUGGCUAUCUUCACUCUGAUUGAGGAAGUCCUGUUCUACUACUCGCACCGGCUCCUUCACCACCCAGCAUUUUACAAGAAAAUCCACAAGAAACACCAUGAGUGGACAGCUCCCAUUGGCGUGAUCUCUCUCUACGCCCACCCUAUUGAGCAUGUGGUCUCCAACAUGCUGCCGGUGAUGGUGGGUCCCAUAAUAAUGGGCUCCCACUUGUCCUCCAUCACCGUGUGGUUCUCCUUGGCCCUCAUCAUCACCACCAUUUCCCACUGUGGCUACCACCUACCUUUCCUGCCUUCACCUGAAUUCCAUGACUACCAUCAUCUCAAGUUCAACCAGUGCUAUGGGGUGCUGGGGGUGCUGGACCACCUUCAUGGGACCGACACAGUGUUCAAGCAGACCAAGGCCUACGAGAGACACAUCCUCCUGCUGGGCUUCACCCCACUGUCUGAGAGCAUCCCGGAUGCCCUGAAGAAGAUGGAGUGAGACAGGGCCCCAGGGCCAUCCUGGCUGUCCCCCCUCAGUGGACGGCUCCGGUGGCCUGAGGCAUUCUGACUGCACCAAACUUGCUCCCCCAGCCAUUCACUAAUGACAGCACCACUGGUGCAGGGGGUUAGAUCAUCUUCCCAGAAAAGCAGGCCAAGGAUGGGGCCAGGGCUCCCCCAGCUGCCCCUAUUGUCCCUCAGAAGGAACAAGAAGGAGUUGGCUUAAGGAAGGGGGUAAAACAGCUCCCCAGAAUGGAGGCCCGUGAGAAGAAACAACUUUUAAGAGCGGUCCUGGUGAGUCCCCCUGGUCGUUUUGCUGCAGAAGGGGAAAGAUGACCCCAGAUGACCUUUUUAUGACCUAGACAAGACACAGAGAAUGCAAAAGUGGUGGUGAGAUAGGAAGCUACUGCCAGCUCUGGGAAGUCUCCUCCGGGUGCCAGGGGGUGAGGGAACCAGAAGGUAUUACUUUGCCCCUUCCUAUUGCUAAAAGCUUUUCUCAUAUCCUACUCUGGCCAGGGCUAGGACACCCUCAUUUCCAAAACACACACGCAUACACAGUCAGCUAACACAGGCCCCAUUUCAACUCUACCCCAUUGCAAACAUCAUCCCUCUAUGAAAAGAAAAAAGCCUAUCACAGAGCGCCCCUCCCUGGAUGAAAACCGGGAUAUCAAAGAGAUGCAUGCCAACCCCCACCUUCAGCCAGAUGUGGAAACACAGAAACCACAGGCCAAACCCUGCUGGCCUGCUAAGCUGGAGGUCCUUUUAUCCACAGAAGGGAGGGUCAGAGUUCCUGACCUUUGGGGACACCCAACUGAGGGGGCUAGAACCCUCUCAGAAAAGGCAAGAAAAACAUGGCUGACCAAAGGGCAAAACCCUUUUCCUUCCCCCAGAUGACUGACCAGUUGUCUCAACACCAUUUAUUUCCAAUGAAACUUUGUCAGGAACCUUAUUAUCUGAAACAAAACCGAAGACCUGCGUGGGCGGCGGCAGCCCCCGGCCUGGCCUUCCCUCAGCAGCCAGACGUUGUCAGGAACCCUCAGCUCCCAAGGACAAUCUGAAGACCACCAUUCUCAGUUACUAAAUCCUUGUUAUUUGGACUUUCAGCUGUCAAGAAAACCAUCCGUUGUUUUAUUAACCACCUUAAUUAAUACUGGAUAGGGCCAAGUCUCCAGGCAAAUCUAAGACUCCUUCCUUCCUAUCAGCGCUACAACUCCAGACCUGCCCAGUGUACCAACUGGGCACUUACCAGUGUCCUCCCUGGCCUUCAAAACCCCACCCGCCCCAUCCCCUAGUCUGGCCUUGGUGGGCCUGGCCCCAUCCCCAGAACACCCAUGCCCUGAGCUUAAGUCUAGCUUCUGGUGCACCCAUGGUCUGAACUGCCGCAGCUGCUAGCCCGCACGCACAACCUAUUCUUACAAGUAAACACUUAGGAAACAGCCCAUCUUCAGUAUACUUAACAGGGUAGGGAAUGAGGAAUGUGGAGGAGAAGAAUGGAUGCCUUUUUUCCCGUGAGGGCUUUAGACUUUGAGGUACUGUAGAGGGUCAAGAGGCUGACAGUCUCUCAUACCUUUUGGCAGCCAGGCGGCUGGGCUCUGACAGAGGGGCCUGGGCCCGUGCUCUUCUUCACCAAACAGAAUGGCCCUGAGGUUGGCUGAACAAGUGAGGCUUACGAAAAGGGAGACGUCACCAAAUUCCCAACAGACCUUGUGAGGGUGAAAGUGGAAGGCAUGGAAAAUAAAAUGAUCUCUUAAUUCCAGUAGGGGCUUCCAUGUUUUCUCUGACUAGUCCGGACACUCCUAACCACAUGACAUCUGGGAGCCACAGCCGUGCAAUAACCAUCAGUGGCCACUCUGAGCAUCCUUACCAGGCUGUGGAAGUAGGGUAUCUGCCUGUCCCCAGAUCCACCUACAGAAGCCCCGGUUGCCACCUUCUCGACUCUUCUUCAGCCCACAGAGGCAAGCAGUGGUCCUAAAGCACCUGCCCACGGAAAUAAUGGUGGAAUUCUUUGGAAAACCACUUCUGCUUGGAUG